GCUGGAUAUGGCUAUUUUUAGAGUCCUAUCGCAGUAGUUUUAAAAAUGAAAGUGAAAGAAAGUUAAGCUUACAUCACGAAUGCAUUGCACAGUGAUCCACCGCUCGUCCUGAUACUGCACUCUGAUCCUCUGUAAAAGAAGAAAAAAACGGACAAACAAUGGAUUGUGCUGUUCAAGAUUUCAAGAAUAUGCUUCAUAAGAGAGCAUCUGACCUGAAGGAGACCUCUUCAAUUAAGAAGUGUGAUGUCAUAUUAUACUUCUGCCCAAUUACUUCACGAGCAGGAACUGAUAUUGAUGCUGCAAUGAAGCACCUUAAUCAAAUGACAAGUGACUUACAAGUUUCCAAACCAGCCAUCAUUGUGGUGUUCCACAUCACGUUUGACCCGGAUAAAAUCAUAUUUGACAGUGAAAAAAAUAUCAAGCAAGAGAACACAUAUGCAGUAGACUGUCUGUUCUGUGAAACUGGCGGACUUCUGACAUGUCAGAAGAAUGAAGAAGCAAUUAAAAAAACUGCAAAUCACUUCAGAAGCAAGAAGCUGACUUCAUUUUAUUGCUUGAAAAAAGAUGAUAGGAACAUUUCUUCACCCAUAUACGAGAAUACAGAAAGAACCCCGCUAAUCCACAGUGAUGACUCAAGUGCAGAAGUCAUACAAAGACAAGCAGAUGUACCAAGACAAGAAAACAAACUAAGACAAGUAGACGCACUAAGACAAGAGGCUUGUUGUUUUUGUGGGGUUUGCUUCUUCUUUUGUUGUGGUUCGCUUUGGGACAGUAAAGCUUCCUGUGCAUGUUGUCACUGUCAGAAAUAAUUUGUGGCUGUGUAGCUUGAUGUAAAUCAAUACACUGUAAAAAAAUAUAUCUGUAAAUUAACAGUUUUCUGUAUUUUGUGACUCAUGUUGUUAUUUUUCCUCAUUUAUUUAUGCUUUUGAAUUGCAUUAAAAUUGUAUUAACAACUUUUAA